AUGGCCCCACCGCUGCCCUCCAAGCUGCUGAACCUCGGCACGACUAUCGGGUAUGAGUUCGUUGGGUAUGGGCUGUCCAUGAUUAUAUACGGGAUCAGCGUGUUGCAGGUGUACUUUUACUACAUGACCUAUCCGGAUGACCGGAGGCUGCUCAAGACAUACGUCGCGACACUCUUUGCUCUCGACACCGCCUGUGUCGUCUUGGUCACGCACGCGCUCUAUGUUACCCUGAUCGACAACUGGGGCAAUGUCCUGGGUUUGCUUACCUUCCCGGUUACGUUCAUGGUCGAGUAUAUGGUCACUUGCGCUAUAACAUUCCUUGUCCAGUGUUGGUUUGCUCAGCGCGUAUACAUCAUAUCAAACGGGAGCUACAGAGCCCCACCAUUGCUGAUCGUCGCAUUUGCGUUGGUUGCCUUAGCGGCUGGAUUUGCUAUAUCGAUCCGAAUUUUCAUCGUCGGACCGAUGGAGAUGGCUAUCGAAGAUAGUCUGUUCACCAGGAUCAAUGUCUUCAUAGGGCAGAGCUGCGCUACGAUAUCUGACAUCAUUAUCACCGUAUCUCUAUCCGCCGCUCUUUAUUUCAACAGAGAACAAGGCCCGUUUCGUAACAAGAGCACCACCGCAAUUAUCAACACUCUCGUGAUAUACGCCAUCAAUCGCGGUGCCCUCACGAUUGUCAUCCAGGUCCUUCACCUAGUUACAUUCACCGCCAUUGCGAAUAACGCCAACUGGAUGUUAUGGCACCUGAUGCUGGGAAAAGUUUACGUUAAUUCUACGUUGGCCAUGCUAAAUGCACGACGGUAUCUCACAAGUCAUACAGGAAGCGGAAACGCUACCGUUGAGCUGUCAGGCAUACAUUUUGGAACAGCACCCAGCGCGACUAUGCCAGGGCAUCAAUCGACCGCAGAGCGGGACACCGGGCAUAACGACUCCGAGACACAUUUGAAGACGAUCACUUUCGUUCCAUAA